AUUUUGGUAGAGCAAAGUGAGUUGCAAGGCACCAAGAUACCCUCCCCACGAUAGCUUACCUUAUCUACCCGCACUUUCUCCUUGCCUAGUUCUCUGCCCUUCCCCCGAAUAUGCAGGCACCCGUGGUUGUUAUGAAUACCCAGACGGGUGGGGAGCGGCAGUUCGGACGCAAAGCGCAGCUCUCCAACAUCACAGCAGCGAAGACGGUCGCGGAUAUCAUCCGGUCAUGUCUAGGCCCCAAGGCUAUGCUCAAGAUGCUGCUUGACCCCAUGGGGGGCAUCGUUCUCACCAACGACGGCCAUGCUAUCCUCCGAGAAAUCGAAGUUGCACACCCAGCAGCAAAGAGCAUGAUCGAGCUGAGUCGGACGCAAGAUGAGGAAGUCGGAGAUGGUACAACGACCGUUAUAAUAUUAGCGGGCGAGAUCCUGGCACAAGCUCUCCCCCAACUCGAACGAAAUAUCCACCCUGUCGUUAUCAUCCAAGCCUUCAAGCGCGCUCUCACCGAUGCCCUCCAGAUCAUUGGCGAAAUUGCUGUCGACGUAGACAUCAACGAUGAUAAGGCUAUGUACCAGCUCAUCCAAGCUUCAAUCGGCACCAAGUUUGUGUCACGGUGGUCAGAAUUGAUGUGUGGUCUCGCUCUCAAGGCAGUACGGACAGUAUCUCUGGACAUCGGGAGUGGCAAGAAGGAAGUAGAUAUCAAGAGAUAUGCACGUAUCGAGAAGAUACCCGGAGGUGAGAUCGAGGAUAGCCAGGUACUAGACGGUGUCAUGUUGAACAAGGACAUCACCCACCCGAAGAUGCGGCGGAGAAUCGAGAACCCAAGGGUAAUGCUUCUCGACUGCCCGUUAGAGUACAAGAAGGGCGAGAGUCAGACAAACAUCGAGAUAAGUAAAGAGGAGGACUGGAAUAGAAUACUGCAGAUAGAGGAGGAGCAGGUCAAGGCAAUGUGUGAUGCCAUCAUUGCACUGAAACCUGAUCUCGUCAUCACGGAGAAAGGUGUUAGCGACCUUGCCCAGCACUUCCUCGUCAAACAGAACAUCACCGCCAUCCGCCGCGUCCGAAAAACAGAUAAUAAUCGCGUCGCUCGGGCGACUGGUGCCACCAUUAUCAACUCUGUCUUCUCCGCUACUGCAUCAGAUAUUGGAACUCAAUGUGGCCUCUUCGAAAUCUCGAAGAUCGGUGACGAGUACUUCACUUUCUUGACGAAGUGUACAGAUCCGAAAGCUUGUACCAUCUUGCUACGAGGCCCAUCUAAAGACAUCUUGAACGAGAUCGAGAGGAAUUUGCACGACGCGAUGGGUGUCGCCAGGAAUGUGAUCUGGAAUCCAAAGCUGUGCCCAGGUGGUGGUGCGACAGAGAUGGCCGUUGCAGUUGGAUUGGAGAGGAGAGCAAAGUUGAUCGAGGGUGUGGCGCAGUGGCCAUACCGAGCUGUGGCUGAGGCAAUGGAAGUUAUUCCUCGCACCCUCAUCCAGAAUUCUGGAAACAGCCCAAUCAAAGUGCUCACGCAGUUGCGAGCGAAGCAUGCGGAAGGUUACGAGGAUGGUAAGCAGACUGGGAGCUCAUGGGGCAUUGACGGCGAUUCGGGCAGGGUGGUUGAUAUGCGGCAAUACGGUGUGUGGGAGCCUCUCGCAGUCAAGGAGCAGAGCAUCAAGACGGCAGUGGAGAGUGCAUGUCUGCUAUUGAGGGUAGACGACAUCGUCGCAGCGAAGGCGGCAAAACAAGCAUCCGGCCCGAUCGGUGGUGCAGGGGAAGAUUAGAAAUACUGGUUAUGUUAACAGCUUUUGAGAUCAG